CUUAUUCUACAAUAUUUUCAUGGAUCUUGAAAGCAAAGGUCUUCGUUUAGAAGUAACUGUUGUUAAGGAGACAAUAAACGGAUUUACACUGAGGUCUUGCGUGAGUUGGCUUGAGGAUGAGAUAAGUGGAAUGAUUGUCGUAGAAAUUGGUAUCCCUUCUGGCUUUGAAGCUAACAGAUGGGGAAUUUCAGAACACAAGAUGCUAAAACGAACUGAAAUAGAAGAUAGGAAAGUUAUCCUGUACUAUGAGGAGGUUAAAUCUGUUGAGUUAUGCACAGAUUUACGUUUUGUUAGGGACAAGCUGGUUGCGAAGACAAAGCCGGUACCGUGUAAAGCGUAUGAAUAUUAUGAACCAAGCAAUGAGGUGACUGUGUUUUAUGCACCAUUGUCAGCCAAGAAUGCAAACAUAUGUGAUAUAUGUGGUGCUGAGUGUGGUUGUCAGACUUCGAAAGAGAAAAUUUGGUUUCCGCAGUCAUGGUGCAAGAAGAAAAUAUAGGAUACAAAUUAACAGUAUCGACAAUAUCGUAUUUCAUUUGAAAUAUACAUGUAUAUGAACUGAAACAUAAAAAUA